GAGAGCUCGGCACAUCUCUCCUUGGUACCUAUUGUUAUUAUUCUCGCCUUGCCAGCGCGGGGACUUUCCCACCUGAACCCCGCCCCUUUUCCGUGGGUUGCGGCGCCCAUAAAUAGCCGGGGCGGGUUGUCGUCGGCAGGCAGCGGUGAAAGGACGUUGCUUGCGUGCUGUUGAAUCGCUGUUGCUGCUGUUCCUCAGCCGGCCUCCCGAGCGCCAAUUGUUGCUGCGCCACAGAAAUCCAGCGCCGCUGCCGUCGCCGCGAUGGCUCAGCUGACGAUCAAGGCCUACCUGCUGGGCAAAGAGGAGACUACCCGCGAGAUCCGGCGCUUCGCCGUCGACCUUCCCGCCCGCUACCAGCCGAUACGGGAGAAGGUCGCCGAGCUUUUCCAGGGGCUGCUCCGCAAUUCUGCCGCCGCCACGGGAGCCUUUCAGAUGUACUAUAAGGAUGAAGAUGGUGAUAUGAUCGCUUUUUCCAGUGAUGAGGAAUUGAAGUUGGUUCCGCCCUCUGUGAAAGCUGGAGUUUUCCGGAUUUUUGUUAAAGAAAAAAAGGAGCUUAAGCAUGUGAACCGCCAUUCCUGCAACAAGGAGGAUUCUCCAAACCUCGUGCAUCCUAAUGUGGUCUGUGAUGGUUGUGAGGGCCCAGUUGUGGGUUCCAGAUUCAAAUGUGCAGUUUGUCCAGACUAUGACCUUUGCAGCACUUGUGAGGGAAAAGGUGUCCAUAAAGAGCAUAACAUGAUCAUGUUUCCAAGUCCAUUCGACCAGCUUGAGUGGCUUCUUCAGGGUCGCUGGCUUCGUAAAAUGAGACACGAUCCUUGCUCCUUUCGUUGGAUGCCCGGUAGGGGACACCGGCGUUUUGCCCAUCAUCACCAGAAUCACGGCCAGGCAGAAGCUAGUACUUCUUCUCAAAGUGAUGCUCCAGCACGCGAAACAACUAGCAAUGAAGUUCAAGAUCACAACGUCAGUUUCCUGAAGAACGUUGGAGAAAGUGUUGCUGCAUUCCUGAGUCCGCUUGGCAUUGAAGUGGAUAUUGAUGUAGAACAUGAGGGUCAAAGAAGCAAAGUAUCAUCACCUGCACAACCUGCACAACCUAGUUCAGAGAAGAGCUGCCCCAAACCUAGCAGUCCUACUGAGCAGACCAAGCCAGAAGCAAAUUCUGAAAAUAAUCUAGACAUAAGUGAUGCCCUUUCAAACCAAAUGCAGGAGAUGAUAGUCUAUUCUCCUCCUGCACAGAUGGAAGAAGAGACUGUUUUGUCACAGGAACGAAGCGAAUCCAGUGGUAGUUCAGCAGCAGAUGAGGACUGGACCCAUUUAUCUUCAAAGGAAGUAGAUCCUUCAACUGGUGAAUUGCAGUCCUUACAAAUGGUAGAGGAAGACAAUCCAAAACCUCUAAAUCCGGUUGAAGCUCCCACUAAUGCUGGACCAACAGGCUUGCGAGAAGCCGCAAUAUAUCCUCAUCUUCCACCUGAAGCAGAUCCUCGUCUGAUUGAAUCCUUGUCCCAGAUGCUCUCGAUGGGAUUCUCUGAUACAGGAGGCUGGUUAACUCACCUGCUGCAUUCCAAGAACUAUGACAUUGGGGCAGCCCUGGAUGCUAUCCAGUAUGCCAAGCAACCGUCCAGUUCCGAAUAGCUCUUGUGUAACUCGUAGUUCCUAAAACAUUGUUAAAGCCUCUUUUUAUAUCUUUCUCCUUUCUGUAAUGAUCUGAUUGUAAUUCCAUAUUAACAGAUAACAUAAUCAUA